AAUGUUGCAAAGAGCUGUAUUAAUGUUUUGUCCAUUAUGUGAAUUGGAAUUUGAACCAAAAUUAACUAAAACAAAUAUUUGUCCAAAUUGUUUGAUUGCAUAAAUGAAUAUCACUUAAGGUACUUUAAAAAAUUGAAUUAGAUAUUGAUAAUGAUAAAGAAAUACUGUUUUGCCGAUAUUGUAGAAGAUAUCAAAGACCUCCUUGGGUUCUUUGUGAAAGAGAUUCGAAAGAAUUAUUGGCUAUAUGCUUAAAAAAAGUAAUAGGGUAAAAUAUUCCUAAUUAUUAUAUUAGAUUAUCAGAAAAGACUAUUAUAGAUACAAAAUUUAUUUUUACAGAGGCAAGCACCAAAUAAAUCAAAUUAUAGAUCACUGUAUAAAAAGAAGCAAUGAAUGGCACUUGCAUUCAAGAUUCAAAAAUUUUAAAUUUUGAAGAAGUUUAUCAUUAAUGUGAAGAUUGCAAGAGAGAAUUCACACCUCAUAUUUGGGGAGCUUGUAUUCAAUUAAGAUAAAGAGUAAAUCAUAAGAAGUCAUUUUAUUAUUUAGAACAACUAAUUUUGUAACAUCAUAUGAAUUAGUAAAUGCUAAAAGUUGAAUCAGCAGAUGAUGGAAUGAAUUUUUACUAUAAAUAAAAAAAUCAAGCAUUACAUAUGUUAGAAUUUAUCAGAUCAUAUCUUCCAAUAUAAGUAAAGGAAUCAAAAGAAGUUUUUUCGUUUAUUAAAUAUACAUUUGUGGUGGAUGUACAAAGAAUAUGUAAAGAUGAUUUAGUGAUUUUGCCACAUAAACUUUGUCAUUAAUUAGGAGGAAUUAAUAGAGUUUAGAUAUGUUAUAGAGUAGCUAGUUCAAUAUAAUUAAUUGAUCCAAUUAAAUUAAAGGUUUGUGAAAUUUCAGCUGAAUAAUAUUUCAAGCAUGAUUUAGAUAUUAGAACAAUGCCCUUGAGAGAAAAUUGUGAUGAAUUUACAGUUUUAGAUGUGGAAAAAAUUAAACCUUAAAAAAAUGAUUAAAAUAAUCCAUUUUAAAACAGUCUCUGUUCUGUUGAACUCAUGAAAGAUAAUGAUUCUGAUUAUAAACAAUACUAAGUUAAAUCACAUUUAGGUAAUUUUUUAUAAGCAGGUAUGACUGUUUAAGGAUUUGAUUUAAAUAAGUAUAAUAAUGAAUUAGAUGAAAUUUAUGAUAAACCAGAAUUAAUAAUUAUUAGAAGAAAACCAGAGAAAAACAAAAAAAGAAAGACUCAAUUAAAAAGAUUAGAUAUAGAAGAAAAUUAGGAGAAAAGAAAUAAGAAAAAGGAAGGAUUGGAAGAAUAAUAAAUAGAGGAAUUCUUGGAAGAUAUUGAAUAAGAUUAACAUCUCUAAGAGACCUUGAAUUUAUAAUAAGUAUAAAGUUAAUAGUGAG